AUAUUCUUCAAGUUCACACAAGCAAGCAUAAUAAUAAGAUUCGUGUAGUUCAUAUGAAUGAAUCUGAAACCACUACUGUAGUAUUGCCGCAUUAAGUGCAGAUAAUCUGCUUCCCGUCUAGUGGUUUCCCUAGAAACACGAUUUGUAGUCUUUUGUGACAGCGUUGCCGCUGCUACCCUACGUGCUGCAGUACCGACAAACACAUUGGAGGCUCCCGCUACCGAGCGAGCUGCAUCGACAGCUUUGAGUCAUCGCUGUCAUCGCAAGCCAUUUCCGAGUCUGGAAUCACCACUGUUCACAUAUUCCUUUUCCUAUCGAGGCGAUACCAUGAGUGAGUACUUCUCGCUGUCAGAGUGUGAUGUCAUUGGCUUUGAUCUGGACCAUACUCUCUGUCGGUACCAUUUGAAGGAGACCUCCAGGCUGAUCUAUGAGAGUUUUGCACGGUAUUUGGUGGAACAUAAAGGUUAUGACAAAGAGCUGCUUCAUUUGACACCUGCUACUUGGGAUUUCUGUUUUAAAGGUCUUGUGGUGGACCUUGAGGAGGGGAACCUGAUCAAGUUGGCAGAUGAUGGUACUGUCUUGCGGGCAACUCAUGGCACUAAAACCCUAAGCCCUGACGACAUAACAAAGCAUUAUGGUCCUAAAAGAGAAUGGAAACAUUUUCAUUGCCUUAAUACCUCAUACACUCGAUCUGCAAAAUACUAUUUUUAUGACAACUAUUUUGACCUCCCUGGUGCUCUUCUCUGUGCGAGAGUGGUGGACAUGUUGCAUAAGCGAGGAGCUGAAAUCACAUCUGAAUUUUGGAAAGACAUUGUUGCUGCCAUUGACCAUAAUUACAACACAUCUGCAUUUCGGGAGGAUGCAGGGACGUAUUUCCCAAGUGUGAAGCGUAAUCCCGGCUGUUACCUUCAGCCCUGCUCAGAUGCAGUGAAGAGAUGGUUGAGGAGCAUGAAAACCAGCGGUAAAAUCUUGCUGCUCGUUACCAGCUCACACUCCGAUUACUGCAGACUAGUGUGUGAGCACAUACUUGGGAUGGACUUUGAGGAGUUGUUUGACAUCAUUAUCACUAAUGCUCUGAAGCCUGGAUUCUUCUCUCUUGUUCCACAGCAAAGACCUUUCAGAACACUAGUGGAUGAUGUUGAGGAUAGUGAGGGUUUGCCAUCACUGGAAAAACCUGGUUGGUAUUCUCAGGGCAACUGGCCUCAUCUACAUGAACUACUGAAGAACUUGACCAACAAAUCAGAGCCCAAGGUGGUGUAUUUCGGAGACAGUAUGCGCUCGGACAUGUUCCCCGCCUGCAGCUUUGCAAAGUGGGAGACGGUGAUGAUUGUGGAGGAGAUGGAGGGGGAGGGCGUUCCACGUGCUAACCCAACCCCCAGUAACAGCCCCGCCCCAAGUGAAAGUCCUGUAGAGAAGAAGGGCAAAUUUGAGGAUCAGGGAAUGAAGUCUCCUUCAGCUGUGUCAAAUCAGUGGGGCUCAUAUUUUAUUGAUGUGCAAAAAAAUGAAGGAGAGGAGACACAGAGGCUCACCUGGUGUUGCCACAGUAUCCACACAUACAGUACCAUGGCUGUACCCAGCAUUGAGGCUAUAGCAGAUCUUCCUCUAGACUUUAAGUUCCAGAGAUUCUCUCUAGAUAAGCCCAGCACAACAGGUUAUUACCCAAGACCUCCAGACUCACUGCUCAAAUGGGAACAGAACCAGUCCUGAAUCCUUGCGCCUCUCAAGCACAAACCAGGAGAUUGUUCCGCCUUUGAGUUUUUCAGCUUUACUUUAGAGCUAGACCAUCCAUUCUUCCAACCAGUUAUUAAAGCUGUGUGAAUGUAAAACCCAGGACAGUGUCUGUGUAUUAUCUUCUUACCCCUACCUAAACCAGUAAACACAGAAUGAAGAUGUGUUUGUCUAUAUGUAAAUAUCCAUACAUUGAUAAUAGGAUGUACAAGAAAGUUUCCGUCUAUUGUGUCUUACUGUACUUCGUUCUUUCACAACAACUUAUUUGUGAUCAGCACAGUGUUCUCACUACUAUUGAACUACUGAAGGAAUAGUUCACCAAAAAAUGAAAAUCCUGCCAUCAUUUGCUCAUCCUCGUGUUGUUCCCAUGAUUAGGAUUUCCUUCUUCCUUGGAAAACAUAGAAUUUUCUGAAGAAUAUCCUUGCUGCCUUUAACCAUAUAAUGAAAGUCAAAGGACUGGGUCUGUCAAGAUCCAAAAUGACAAAACUGCACCAUAAAAGUAUUGUAGUCCAUAUGGGUUUGGAAUGACAUGAGGGUGAGUAUAUGAUGACAAAAUUUUCCUUUUUGGGUUAACUAUACAUUGUACCUAUAAUGAAGUACAAAGAACAGUUUUCCCAUGAGCUGUUUUUUAGUUUUUUUUUAUGGAAGAAAUGUUACAUGACCUUCUUGAAAUACAAUGUGCUUACUGCGAUAAAGCCAGGCACAAAUUAUGUUGAAUAUUCAUGAAAUCAAGAGACAGCCAUGAGUUCUACUGGAUGCUCUUCUUGUGAUUGUUACAGUAAUUAAGUGUUGCAAGCAAACUGAAGGUGCUGAAACUGGUUCAGAUUUGGGACGGCAUAUUUUGUACAUUGUAGAUAGUUUACUUCCCUGGAUUUGGUUGUGAUUUUAUGUCGUUCUCUUUACUGUAAUAAUUUAAUGGGAGAGAUGGUGUGUACAUCAUUUUUUUUAUUUUUUUUUAUUUUCAGGUCUUUGUGGUUAUUUAAUGAGGAAGGGUGAAUACAUAAGACUUUCUCUUUAUAUGUAAUGUUGUAGUAACAGUGUAAAAAUUGUGUAAUAGUCAGUGUAAACAGUGAUUUUUCUGUCAUGCACAGUGGCAGUGUUGAAUGGUGCCAUGCUUUACCCAGCCAUUUAGUGGUUUCAUGUGUCGGAGCACAUGUCUCACCUAAAACCAUUAUUUGUUUCGUGUGUGCUGGUGCUGAACAUUGAUAAUGAUUUGUUUAAAGCAAUGUAAGUGGAUUUAAUGUUUUAUAUAUGUUGAUGGGGUUUCCAUAGUGUUAAGCUUUAAUGGUUUUUACAUACAAAUUUUUAAAAAAAAAUGGUACAGUGUUAAAAGACACUGCAUGUCAGAAGUGUUUGAUUUCAUUGUUUAACAAAGCUGAGUUUUAAGUGACAUGGUGUUCCAUAACUGGGCAGCUUCACCAGGUAAAGAAGUGUGGAAAUCCUCAUCAGAGCAGUGAUCUACUUUUCUCUGUUGAUUAAAAAAUGUCUCUUCUGCUGUAUGUGGUGAACAGCUCUAGUGUUUGUUUAUUGAGUGCAGGGAAAGUGUUCAAAUGGCAGAAAUAAAAAAGAACAAUUUA